AUGCUUGCAUUGACUCGCCAAGCAGGCAGCUCGCUUUUUCCUGCCUCGACCUCCUUGCGCCUUCGCCAUCCGCUCUAUCGUUGCGCCUUCUCCACCACCCGCCACGCUCCUAGGGAUCACUCCUCGAACAAGCCAAACACUGCUUCUACCGCCAGGCGUCCUCUAAUACGCAAGCAUGCCGGUGAUUCCAAGAAAUCUCGGUUAUCCGAUAGGAAACCCAAAUUCCUCGAUGUCUUGAGAGAACACCUCGCCACCGUCAAGCUCGAACUGUACACCACUCCCAUCGGCCAGAAACUUGAGGCAGAAAGCAAAUUCAGAGAAACCUGGUCCGACUUUACUGACUCCGUCAUCAAUACUGGCGACAAAAAUUCGAAUCACCCUGCCCUUGUUGCUAGAAGGAUCCAGCAUCAAGCUCUGCGUGACUCCUGGUUCGAAAGAGGUGUUAAUGGCCUGCAAGAUCGAAUCAAGUACGCUUUCUACAACCAUGUCAUUUCCGCAAGUUUCACGCCCUCGGACAUUCGCAACCAAAAGGCUCUAGCCGAUCUCCGCUAUCCCACAGAAUGGUAUCCUGCCACCCGUACCAUCCACCGAACCAUUCAUCUUCACGUCGGCCCCACCAAUUCUGGCAAGACAUACCAUGCUUUACAACGUCUAGAACAGGCUGAAACUGGUGUCUAUGCUGGUCCCCUACGUCUUCUUGCUCACGAAGUCUACACAAGACUCAACGCAAAAGGCAAACAGUGCAUGCUUAUUACUGGUGAAGAAAAGCGUGCUCCCGACGAUGACUCUUUGGCUGCCGAUAUCACCAGCUGUACUGUCGAGAUGAUGCCACUCAACAAGGACGUUGACGUUGCCGUUAUAGACGAGAUUCAGAUGAUAGGUAAUGCUGAGCGAGGUUGGGCCUGGACGCAGGCUGUCUUGGGUGUAAAAGCUCGCGAAGUUCACUUGUGCGGUGAGACCCGAACCGUUCCCUUAAUACGUGAGUUGUGCGCUUCUAUUGGUGAGAAGCUCGUCGUUCACGAGUACGAGCGUUUGAGUCCCCUAAAGAUGGCAGAUAAAAGCUUGCAGGGAAGUCUCAAGAAGCUGCGAAAGGGUGAUUGUAUUGUCAGUUUCAGCGUCAUGGGCAUUCAUGCGCUACGGAAGUCGAUUGAACAGUCUACAGGAAGAAAAGUAGCUACCGUAUACGGCAGCUUGCCACCCGAGACCAGAGCUCAACAGGCACGUCUCUUUAACGAUCCCGACAAUGAUUACGAUUUUCUCGUCGCUAGCGACGCUAUCGGCAUGGGGCUUAACUUGAGCAUUAAACGCGUCAUUUUCGAGUCAUCGUCCAAGUAUGAUGGAUUCCGUCAGAGGACUCUGGCUGUUCCGGAUAUUAAACAGAUUGCCGGCCGAGCUGGCCGCUACAAGAGUGCUUACCAGGCCAACAAGGCUUCUGAGGCAGCGGCUGCUCACGCUCUUGCAGAGGCAAAAGGAGAGUCAGAACCAGGAAAAGAGACCAUAACCGAAGUCCCUAGCACUCAGAAGGAAACUGCCAAGUCUCAAGACUCGACGCUAGGUCUUGUGACAACACUUGAGGACUUCGAUUUUCCCACCAUCGCAAACGCAAUGAAGGAAGAGCCCGAGCCUAUUCGCUCUGCAGGCAUUUUUCCUCCUGCACCCAUUGUUGAGCGGUUCGCCUCAUAUUUCCCUCCUGGUACACCGUUUUCAUACAUCCUCAUGCGAUUACAUGAGCUUUCUCAGAUGCAUUCAAGGUUCCACCUCUGUGGCUUGAAAGAUCAGCUCUGGAUUGCUGAUCUGAUAGAGCCCGUUCAAGGUCUGACAGUCACUGAUCGAAACAUCCUGUGCGCCUGUCCGGCAUCAAAGUCUGACAAAGAUAUGAUCGGCAAACUUCUGCCAGCUCUGGCACGUUGUAUAGAACAGCAAGGCGGUGGUGCCCUUUACGACAUAGCGGAAAUGCCUCUUGAAGUCCUAGAAUUGCAGAUGUCGCCGAGCAGAGAUUACCUUCGCCAACUUGAGCAGCUGCACAAGGCCAUUGUUGCCUACCUAUGGCUCAGUUACAGAUUUGCUGGGAUUUUUACCACGCGUCCAUUGGCAUUUCACGUGAAAGGCCUCGUGGAAGAAAAGAUCGAACACGUCCUUCACCAGUUCUCCUUUACAGAAAGUAAGAGAAGAAAGAUUAAGGCCGCACGAGAGAAAUCCUUGAUGGCAGAAGCCCAACGAGAAUCUGUACUGGCUGAUGAAGAGGACGAGGAUGGAGCAACCCCAGAACUAGAACAGCAAACCAGCGUCACUGCGGGAGGUGACCAAUUUGCAGGAGAGACUGAUCUCGAAAUCAUGGACGAUGCCGAGUGGAUUGCGAACGAAGAAUCUGCUACCAGCCAGAACCAGACUCCGAACUCGGUUGCGGCCGACAAUCCAGACGUCCAAAGUGCAACUAAUGACGAAGCGCAAAGAGUACAAGGCUCAGCAGAAUCCAUGCAGAAUGGUCAGGAGCUUGGUGGGAUGCGGAAGCGUGAAGAGUAG